AAAUAUAUAUAUUUUGUAAGGAAUGUGAGUGUAAUGUUCAUAGUGCAAAAAGCAUUGUAAGACAAUAGAAACAACAAUCAGCUGACUUGCGCGCACUCUCUCCCACCGUGGUCGCUCUCUCUUGCGCGCUCUCUCCACACUGUCUCUCUCUGUCUCACUCUUAUACGGGAAAUGCAUCUCCGGUUUGUGUAGAGUUGGCCCCACUUCCGCAUCCUCUUCGCCUCUUUCGCGUUUUAUUCGGCGACCUUUCGAACUUCGAAUUUCGGUUUUUCGUAGGCGCUUGUCACAUGCGCUCUGCGCCGGCAGCGACGCCGGCAGAGCGGUACAACUACUACACCCACAAACGCUUACGAAGCGACCCGAGCGGCACCGAAUCGUAUUUUUACAGUGAAAACAGCAGUACACGUUGAAACACUCACACGUCGAGCGUCGUUCGUUGAGAUACAAACGCACGGAUACGCGGAUACCAAAAAAACGCACCGCAUAAACGGUACAACUAAAAAAGAAAAACCCUCUUCCCGAAAACAAGAAGGAUAAUACAAGCCCUUUAAAAUUCAAUAAAAUUAUAAACAUAAAAAUUAAGCAUCAUAGCAUAUAAAUUGAAAUAAAAAUCCUUAAUAAUCGGUGCGUUUGUGUGUGUUUUGGUGUUGUUGUUCGCGUUUCUGUUGUCAACAUUUUUCAUCGAUUUUCCCUGUCGGGCGUUCGUCGUUUUUCGCCUACUCUCUCGCCGUCUCCCUCUCUCUCUCUCUCUGUUUCUGGCCGCCCACUCACCCAAAACUAUACCUAAAAUUCUCCAGAAAAAACACACAAAAAUUAAGCUGCUGCAGCUUCUUCUUCUUCACCAAAUCUGCCAUCUCUGUCGCACGCCGGGCGACCAACUAUUGCAAAUGCCAUAUUAGUGCUUUAUAACUGUACAAUAAGAUAUCACAUACCUACAAAGUAUAUAUACAUAUAUAUAUAUAUAUAUAUAAUACAGAAUAUAUAUAUAGAAAGCCAAGCAAAGCAGAACUCUAACCAAAAAGCAAUUGAUUUUAUUUUUAGUGCCGCCACAAAAAUAAAAAAUAAACGAAAAAGCCUAACAACAAAUUUCAGCGUUAAACGUUUUUGAAACUGAAACUGUCAACAAAAAAAACACAGAGGAAAAACAAAAUAGAAAAGCCACAUCAAAAUAAAAUACAGCAACUAGAGAAAACUAAACGCAUUCGGCAAUUGCAGCAGGAAAAGCGAUAUAAAAAUAGCUUAAUUAGCCAAUGAAACAAAAAAUUCAAUUACACAAAAAUAAACCUUAAGAAAAGUAACCAAAAAGUCAUCGAAACGUACUUUUUAACAGCCACAUGAAUUAGUUUUUAACGAAAACCCCCUACAUUUCUUGUUGUACUCGCAAAAGUUGUUGUUGAAACAUAAAAAAAUUGUUGAAUGAAUUCGCGGUGCCUUUAUUUAUAGCCAGCAUAACAAAAAUCCAACAGAAAAGUAAUAAUAUACAAAUAUAUCUAUAUACAUCUCUAUAUAUAUUAAUAUCUAUGUAAAAAUCUAUAGAGAAAGAUCGUAUAUAUAUAGACAAAGCAAUAAAACGUCAACGGAAGUCGUGCAAUAUUUUCAAAGGUUUAAUUAAAUUAAUUUCGAUUGUGAUCCAAAAAACAAAACUACAAAUAACUAAACUAAGCAACAAAAUCAAAAUAACCAUCAAAGUACGAUACAAAUUUCGUUCGUUAUAAAUUAAAUAACUGAUUAAUUGUUAUUGUUGUGAGAUUAACAUCAUUAUAACUAUUAUUGUUGCAAAAGUAUAAAAAUAAAAAUAACUAAAAAAAGCUACAGCAAACUGCAGGCCAGCAAAAAACCCGCAAAGAGACAUUUUUUGUUCGUGUAUAAUCACAAAAUUUCGGAAAUUUUUAUGAAAAAUGAGCGACAGGGAGCGAUCGUCCCCAACACUGAUCGAAACUGGUUUAAAAAACUUAAUUGGCGGCCGUGAUGGUAACUAUCCACUGAUCAGCGGCAUUAAUGGCAGGAAAUCUCCAUUUUUGGGUUUCAUUUGCAAAGCAAACGGCAAAUCCACAUCGAAUAGCAAAGAAAUCAUCUGCCCGGAUGACAAAUACAAGGAGGAGGGCGACAUCUGGAAUGUUGAGGCGCAAACGGCGUUCCUGGGCCCAAAUCUCUGGGACAAGACCCUGCCCUACGAUGCCGACCUCAAGGUAACACAAUAUGCCGACCUAGACGAGUUCCUGUCGGAGAAUAACAUACCUGAUGGCCUGCCCGGAACGCAUCUGGGCCACUCGAGUGGUCUGGGUCACCGGUCUGAUUCCCUGGGUCACGCAGCGGGUCUGUCGCUCGGCCUUGGCCACAUAACCACAAAGCGGGAGCGGUCGCCCUCGCCAUCCGACUGCAUCAGUCCGGACACGCUAAAUCCGCCAUCGCCGGCCGAGUCAACAUUUUCGUUCGCCUCCUCGGGCCGUGACUUUGAUCCGCGAACUCGAGCCUUCUCCGACGAGGAGCUCAAGCCGCAGCCGAUGAUCAAAAAGUCACGCAAGCAAUUUGUUCCAGAUGAGCUCAAGGACGACAAGUAUUGGGCCCGCCGCCGGAAGAACAACAUUGCCGCCAAGCGAUCCCGCGAUGCCCGGCGCCAAAAGGAGAACCAGAUUGCGAUGCGGGCACGCUACUUGGAGAAGGAAAAUGCAACAUUACAUCAGGAGGUGGAGCAGUUGAAACAGGAGAACAUGGACUUGCGUGCACGUCUAUCGAAAUUCCAAGAUGUGUAAUGAUAAAUACAAUUUUGUGACUUGGCCUGAGGACACCACAACAAUUAAAUAAUAAUACCUAUUGAUAAAAUAACAAUAAUCAUAACUAUGAUAAAACUACUAAUAAUGUUUAGUACAGCAGACAUGAAAGCAACACUAUAAAUACAUAUUAUAUCUAAAUAUGUAUAUGCAAAAAUAUAAUUAGUAAGCAAACACACACAUACACACACAACAAACUCCUCACAGCGUCGUGCUCCGCUUAAAUAUUUAUUUUAUGAUAAAAACUAAAAGCAAAUUAACUAAACACAAAGGAGGAGAAACCGAAUGGAAACUAAUCAUUUUUAGAGUAGCCAAAAAAGAAAGUCUCACGAGAGCAGAGCAUUGAAAAGCUCUGCAAGCCGAAGCUUUUUGCCUUUAAAGUAGCAUACUUCCGAGCGCAAUGGGAAUCCUAAAAUACACUGAAAGAGACACACGUAGAACCCAGACUUAGAAUUGUUAUCUUUUAAAUUGUUUAAUAGUUGUCUAGCCUAGUUUUACGGAAAAAAAGUUAACCUUCUUCACCUUCUUCUGCUACUUUUCCCCCUUUACUUUAAUUUUUAUUAUUUUUUGUAAUUAGUUCUUCGGUUAAGUUUUGCUUUAGCUGUUAGAAAAAGGAAAACCACACACAUACACACAAAAAAUCAUAUUGUAAAUAAUUUCGUUGCCUUUUUUCAAAUUAACUCGAGAGAAGAAUUAACUUAAAAAGCAAAAGAAAAUCUUGUAUAAAAAAUUGCAAAAUGAAAACCCACAAAAAAAAAGGAAAAAAUAAAUUAAAAUUAAACGCUAAGAGAAAACCAUUAAGAAAUGAGCAAAGAACUUCCCUCCUCAGUUGCCGGGCACUUGGCAGCUGGUUAGUUUAAGUGAGCUAUGAUUUUUAUAUAAACCUAAAGAAAAAAAAAAUAUCAGAAAACCCAAAAAAAAAAGUUAAAACAGACGGACAGAGACAUACUGUGGACAGACAAAAAUGCAAAACUAGAAGUGAAAUAGUUUUCGUUGUUGAUUUGUUAUUAUUAAAAUAACCAACCCCAAAUCUAACCCAGACAUAGUCAGCUAGUUAAGGCGAGAGAACUAUUUUUCGUACUACCUACUAACAAAGACACACAGACCAUACCCCGGAAAACCCCUUCACACCGCGCUAUUCCUUCCCAUAUUUUCACAUUUCUCCUUUAAGUUUGUAAAAAAUUUAUUCGUUUACCUUUUAUAACAAAAAAAACUAUUUCUUUUGGUGUGAUUUGCAAGAUCUUAAACAAAACAU